AUGGUUGAGCGCGGUUGGGUUCCGGCUGGUAGUCACCGGAAGUAUUCUCGACUCACCUCGAACCGCAGAUUAAAAAAAUGCCUAGCUGGAACAGCCGCAGAAAGAGGAUAUUUUGGCCCUUGGAGAGUUUGCAAACUCCUGCUUUACAACCGAGAGAGAUGCGGUCAGAACUUCUCGAGGUUUCAACCAGUGUUGGCAGUAUGGGUGGCAGGAUUAGUGGCAGUAGGAGCCACCUGCACCCUGGCCAUUCUGGUGGGUCUAGCUGUUCUACAAUUAGCAAUGGCUUCCUCAGCGAAACGUGUCGUCAUUUCAUACGGUUCAGCUGUCAUCGGCAAAGUGGCUCUUGCAACACUAGCUACUUGCCUCUCGAUCGUUGCUGCCAGUUUGUUUGCUCUUCAGACGGACGAUCGAGCAAACAGUUUUGUUGUAACGAGAGGUGAAGCCUUUUACAUGCAGUUAGGAGCGAUCGCCCUGAAUUUGGGGGUUCUUGUGUCGUCGAUAUAUGAGGGUAUCUAUGCGAGGCGGGGUGGAGACCCUACGAAAUUGAGAGACAUUGCUGAUAUGAGAUCAACCACCAUCAAUAAUCCAGGGUAUCGGGAGCAUCCGCCUACGAAUGGUGGAAGCAUAUCAAUGACUGAUGCAAGUGGAAAACCCUACGGACCAGGUGCUGGAAACGGCUCAAUGGCCUCCGUGACGACCUCAGCAAGUGUAGGAAGUACAGCUUCACCCCUGAGAAGUUCAUUAAAGAAGCCAAAACCCCUUGGAAUCCAAAAUCCUGGAUUCUCAACGCACAGUCCAACACUGACGAGAAAUGGAUCUCAAAAGAAAGUCCGCAUUCAAACCCACUCGACAGAAGUUUAAAAUAUCAAGUAGAAAUUUUCUGCAUAGCAGCGGAGGAACUAAUCAAAAACGCGUUGUGAUAGUGGAGACUUCUGAAUACGUAGUAUUCCAUUUUUUUUUUUUAAAUUCAUGAUAAAGUUAUUUCGACGAAUACUCGUAUCUCAUUCUCCAAUCUUAAUACGUGUGGAGUUAAGGAUAUUUGUAAUUUUUUUCGAUGAUUACAAAAUUUAUCGCAUCCGUCCAUAGCCCUAAGUAGGCAGCUACAUAAUAUAAUAAUCUUGUCGUCAAACGACUCGAUAAAGAAGAUUUAUAUAAAUAUAUAUAUUUUGUUGGGAGCCUUCUAAUAUAUACAAAUAUCAAAUUGUUUACAUAUUCAUCACAUUUAAAACGCGAUUUACAGUGACAUUUGUCAAAUAGAUAUAUAUGUACAAGAAAUUGAAAUUUCAUAAUCGCGUUUGUAUGUAGAAAAACACGUCACAUUCAUGAGUGAGAUAAUAAUUAAAACAAAAAAACUAUUGAUAUUGAUAUUAAGUAUUGUUUUUGUUAUUAACUAUAGGAAGAAUCUACUUCUUUUUCUGUGAAUUUUCUGGCAUUUUUCCCCUCAAUCCUGUUAUCCAAAUACAUAUUAUUAGAUAUUGGGAUCUGCGAUGGAGACGUGCAUUAAUUUUAACGUGGGUAAACCCAAAGAAAUAGCGAAAGAGAGUUUUCUUUCCCAGAUAACAAUUUUUUGUUAGUAUCAUCCCAAAUCUGAUAGGGCAUCGGCAAUUCAUCCAAAAAUUGUCGACAUACUCUUUUCAAACUCACUAAAACGACCCUUAAAGGGUUAAGGGUUGUUUUCGUGAGUUUAAGAAGUCAAUGAAAUAAUUAAAAAUGAGAAUGUUUACACAAGAAAUUUGUGGAUUCGUCGAUGGAGAAGAUCUGUUUUACACAGAUUUCACGCACCAAUGUAGAUGUAGCUUUGACUGUUUAAUUGAAAACCAACCAAUUUUCAAUGACUGCCUUGAUUAAUAUAAUACAAUAUUCAACUGAGAAAAUAAAAUAAAAUAAUGCAAGAACAUCGCAAUGAUGAGAAUUAAAGUCUAAAUAAAUGAUAUUUGUGAUGGAGUAAUUUGAGCGGCUUGCUGGCCCAGUCAACUGAAAGAUAUCAACUCUCCUCUCACUAGUCUUUUGUCGAAGAUCCCAAUACUACGUAUGUUCUAUUGAGCAAGUCUGAUUGAUUACAUUAGUAGAAAAGUUUCACAUUUGAGUUGAAACAUUCAAUAAAUGUUCAAUUUUUAAUAUCCCCCGCUUGUAUCCCCAAUGCUAAAAAGGGACA